AUUGGCUUUUGUGUUUUCUCUACCAUUUUUUCCCCUUCCACUUCAUUGCAUAUUUUCAAUGCAAUAUAGUUUCUAAUAUCUACUUUCUACCCAUGAAACUAAACUUGGGGCAUAAAGAAUCAGGGAGGAAAAGUUUGCUUCUUUUGUUUUUAAUUCCAAAGAUCACUUCUUUUGAUGUUUCUAACGAAUAGAACUUCUAAUGCCACUGAGAGUGAUGUGGUUUGAACUCAUUUUAUUCUGAUUUUUGUGGUAAAUAUUCCCUUGUCAAGGUGCUCAGGAAUGGAGUUGAGUUGAUGGAUUACGCAAAUGUAUUGUUGCGUAGAAUAGAAGCUGUUCCUUUUACUUUUCGGACAUUUAAAAGUUAGGUGACCCAAGUGCCACUUUGGAUCCAAAUUUUACAUCCAAGUCUUCUUAGCUCAUUGGAUUCUGAAAAUUCAGCAGCUACUUUAUAUUCAGAUUGGUUAAGAAGUGUUGGUUGGUAGCUACAUAAUGCCAAUUGUUCAGCAAUUAUAUGAUAAUUGCAUGACAUCCUUGUCUCCUGAUGGACCUAUAUCAGAAGAAGCUCUGGAAAAAGUUCGAACCCUUUUAGAUGAGCUGAAGCCUUCUAAUGUGGGUCUCGAACAGGAGGCGCAAUUGGCUCGGGGAUGGAAAGGUUCUUUGAAUGGUACUAAUGGCAAAAAGGGGCGUAAUGGAAAUCAUCAGUAUCCACUCCCUAUUAAGUACAUACACUUGCAUGAAUGUGACAAAUUCUCUAUGGGAAUCUUCUGUAUGCCUCCUGGUUCCAUUAUUCCACUUCAUAAUCAUCCAGGAAUGACUGUUUUAAGCAAGCUUCUUUAUGGUUCACUACAUGUAAGAUCAUAUGAUUGGCUGGAUUUACCCGAGUCAUAUGAUCUAUCUCAAGCAAGACCAGCAAAACUUGUGAAAGAUUGUCAGAUGAGUGCACCUUGUAACACAACAAUUCUUUAUCCAAAUAAAGGUGGCAACAUUCAUUGCUUUAAAGCCUUAACACCUUGUGCUCUGUUUGACAUUCUUUCCCCUCCUUACUCAUCAAAAGAUGGAAGACACUGCUGUUAUUUCAGGAAGUCACCUAGGAAAGAUCUCCCUGUGGUUGAGCUUGAUCAGCUAUAUGGGGUGAAACCAUCUGAAAUGACCUGGUUAGAAGAGAUUCAACCGCCUGAAAGCUUAGUGGUUAAGAGAGGGUAUUACAGAGGCCCUACUAUAAGACGAUGAAGGAUA